AGUACCACAGCAAGAAUUAAAGCAACCGGCGGCAGGGUCCGAGGAGGAGUUGAAAAAGCCGGGCGCGGCGAGUGAUGGCGGUGAUUUCUGGGCUUUGCGACCUUAUAACCGGUUCCCUCGUCUCCUUCAUCGAAUCGAAGCCCUUCCCACUGACCAAAGAAUCCGAGAAGGAUCUACUCCUCUCUCUUUCUCGAAUUUUUAAGGAAAUUCAGCGAUGGGGAAAACAAUUCAGCAAUGAAUCUGAGCAGGGAGCUCUGGCGAAUUCUCUCAAUUAUCACCAUUGUUUUAUGCACUUGGAUCAACAUUUUGGGUGUGAUAAUGAUUGUUUAGCUAAUACUAUUUCCACAAUGGUGACUUUUCUAGGUGUUGACAGCACAUUUGUUCAACACUUGACUGGGAACAUUCUUGUUGCUGUAUCCAAUUUUUUAACUAAAUUUGGGAGCGAAUGGGUUAAGUUUAUUCACUUGUUAUGGAUCACCCUCGAAGUGGCGAUGUUAAGUGUUAGCAGUUGCACAUUCUUAACUUCACCUAUUGGAUCUGUUAUAUGCACAAAUGAAAGCCUGAUUUAUCAAAACUCUCCUAUGAAAAAUGAGAUGUCUAGAACUGUAGAUUCAAGUCUUGACAUCACAUCCUUCACUGCACUUAUACAAUCAAAAAUCGUCAAUGGAAACUGGCAUAUGGUGGCCACAAAUCUUUUUGGAAUUCUACGCACCAUACUGAAAUUCUUGAAGCAUGAAAAUUGUGACCUGGAAGGAGUGUUCAAGCAUGUUGCUGUUUCAUCUCUUCUAAAGAUACCUUGGGAUUUAUUCAGUGAAAUCCAUGUCGACAGCAGUUUGGCUUUAAGCCAGAUGAGCUUUGGCAUGGAUGAAGUACAUGACAGGAAAAAUGGUUUGUCAGGGUCAAGUUACAUUCUUUCAGGGGUUAUCCUUCAGAUGUUCUGCUCCCUAGUGGAGAGAGAAGAUUCAAUAGAUGUCAGCGAUGAUUCCUCUGGAGAGCUUGCAUUAUGUUCCAAAUUCAGUAACCUUGUCCUCCAACUCUUUCCUUGUUUAUCUGAGCACCAAGAAUGUAAUGACAAGCGCCUUUCUCAAUAUUUGAGACACAAACUGCUGAUGCUAAUGACUAGGCUUAUCUUUUAUGCGAGGUGGCAAAGGUCUGAUCUUGUUUUGUGGCUAAAGUUACUUAGGAACUAUUUUGAAGAUCUUAUUUAUGAACCUAUCUCAGGAUUUGAUAUUGUUCUUGAAAAUUGUCUGGAAGGAUCUCCAUUUUUGUCUAGUAUUGCUUAUGCAGACAAGGUGCAUAAUUCAAGCAUCGGACACUUGAGGAGACGGGCAAUUCUCCUGUUUUUCAAAUGUUGUUUCACAUUGGGCCGCAUUAGCAAUGAAAGUGGUGACAAAUGUUCAUGUGCAAAAGAAACUUCUCUUUGCUCUUACAAGUUGCAUCUCUGCAGUGAAAAUUGCUGCAAUAUGGGUUUAUCAGAGCUUUCAAACUGGCUCGAGAGGUGUGCUUCCAUAGGGAAGUUUGUGGAUUAUGAGAAUUACUCAAAAUCAUGCAGCAGAUUUGCUUUAUCCUUUCUGCAACUUUAUAUGGAGGAGGUAUGCAUUUCUGAUGAUGUGUUAUUUGAUAUGCUUUUGCAGCUGAUGGAUGCUCCAUUCGUUAACUUGCAAAUACAGAGCAAUGGAAAGGAAACAUCGUUUGAGGAGAUGAAAAGAGACAUUCUUUUUCAUAUUUCAAGCAUUUUUAACCCCAUUCACAUUUUCCAUCUGUUCCUUUUAUUGUUACACUAUGAUCACUUGGUUCUUGUUGAUUAUCUUAUAUCAAAAGACACAGGAAUUCAUUGUGUGCAAUAUCUUUUGAGGUCAUUGCGUAAAAUUUGCACAUCUUGGCAUAUUUUUGUGGAAUUUUCAGUAUGCAAAAAUGAAAUUAGUCAGCCAUUCCACAAGAGAAGAAAGAUCUCUACGUAUAAGGAGGGCUGUAAUUCAAAGUCAGGGCCUUCAUCCUCAUCAUUUAUGAUGACCAGGGGAUCUCAUGCAAGAAGACACAAAGUUGGCAGCAAAGCUAAGUGCAUCAAUCUGCAGACUUUUGAAAAUGCUGCAAAUUGUUUGCUUUCUCUAAAGAAAAUGGUGGAAGAUCUUCAUCAGAAGAAUUUGUUUCCAUACAACCCAAAGCCCCUACUUAGAAGCUUCACUAGAUUUGAGGAGCUUUGCAAACAAUAGAAACCAUACUGCAGAUAUCACGCAUAAUGUAUUUGUCUUCUGGCAUAUCCAAGGAUUUGACUGGGGCCUUACCUAUACAAAUAUUAUGGAAUUUGAAGUUCUUCGGAUCCUGAGUCUGAGAAGGGCUAGUUGGAUGGAUGAUUUAGCUGUCAGAGAUGGGAGACUGACAGAAAAAUGAAGGAAAUAAAGUGAGAUUCUUAUGAAGCUGAAUGCAUUGAUCAUCUGCUGCAUUAACUCAGUGAUAGGGAGGCCUGUGAGAAGUACGCCUAAGCUGUGAGAGAGCUAAAUUUUUGGUCUAUUGGAGCUUGUUGCAUUCUUUGGGCUUGCAGGCCUAGUUGAACAGGUUCUUUAGAGAUCAAUUCAAGCUUCUUCUGCCUCAACUACUAUCCUCCAUGCCCCUCCCAGGCCCCGCCCUUGGUGUCUCUCUGCACAUAGGAUUCCGGAGCAAUCAACAUCCUUGCUCAAGAUGAUGUUGGUGAGCUUGACAUCAAGAGAGUCUGAUGGCGAGUAGGUCUGGAGCAAUGAUAAGAGCACGGUGCACAGGGUGUCAGUGAACUCAGUGAGGGAGAGGUUCUGCAUUCCUUUCUGCUUCAAUCCAGCGCACUAUAUGAUGGUGAGCUUGUAGAUGGGAAGUACGACUGGGGCGGUUCUUGUUUACACUAGUGAGAAAAAAAGAAGCAACUUUAAGAAGCUGGAGGUGGAAAACAUCCAGAUUGAUCGUUUCAGGAAGACGGAAUGGUCUGAUUAUGUUGGCGAUUGCAGAGGUUUCUUUAGUAAACAGUAGAAAAGUAGUAUGAUGUUACAAUAAAGCCUAGUGUUACUUGCUUGAGCUGUAUUAUUGUCUGUUCCCAUCAGAUUGGCCAGAGAAUCCUAAUUUAGAACUCAAUUAUGGAAGUCAUGUACCAAAACAAAAGCAUAUGGAAAAUGAAAUCCUUGCCACAUGUAUCAUGAAAUGUUAUUCUAUAAUUAAGGUGUCUA